UCAGUAGUGGCGGUACCUCUACGGGGCCACGACUUCACGGGACUCGGGUUCAACAUCUCGGGAAACAUGAGGGAUGGCAUCUUCGUUAAAGACGUAUUACACCGCGGCCCCGCCUCUGAAUCUGGCAACAUAGCGCCGGGUGACCGGGUGCUGGGCCUGGCGGUGAGCACGGAACAUAUGGUGCAUGAAGACGCCCUCACUCUCCUCAGUUAUGCAUCGCCUUACCCGGUGUUACUUCUGCUGGAGAAAUCAAUCCCUGGUACCGACCGUCGUCUCCCUAACACCAAGGCUGCCCGUCCAGUCCACCCCUUCUACAGGAGUCAGUCUAUUGACGAUCUGGCAAAGAUUGGUAAGGCGGACAUGUGGCGGGUGAGCAGGGCGCGAGUAUGUGAGGGACGCGUCGGUGUACCUGAGAUGUCCCGCCCAGACCUGGUGGGCGGCGGGGUAGAGCUACCAAGCCUCAGACUCACCUCUGGCAUCAACCUCCCUACUGCUGCUGCUGUUGCUGCUGUUGCUGCCCCCAGGGUAGAGGGUGGCGUCCUAGUCAAGCGGGAAGCUCCCGAGCGACAUUCUGAACGUGCCAUUGAUGUUCCUGGAGCUGCAGUCACCAAGCCUUCUCACACCAUUAAAACUGAAAUUCCGGAAGUGCAAUCAGAAAAAUCCGAUUCACGUUUAAAAUUUGGCAUCAAAGUGUUACCAGACUUGACAGGUAGAGUGCCUAAGCAUGACUUGGACUUAGAAUCUGGAGGAAAGAUCUCGGCUGAGGUCAGUGCGCCCUCAUUCGACCUACCAAAACCACAGGUCAAUGUUGAAACAGAGGUCGACCCGUCUUUAGGGAUAGAGGGCCCAGACGUGGCAGGCAAAAAGUCGUCAGGCAUAAAGUUUGGGAUUAAGCUUCCACAGAUGAAAUUUAAAGAUAAUGAUGUGGAGGUUGAAGGCAGUAAGAUGGCGGGCGUGCCUGAGGGCGGACACAUAAAGGUGGUGGGUGAGGAGAAUAUCAAUAUCUCCCUGCCUGAAGCUGACUUGUCUGCUAGGACAGGAAUAGUUCAGGACAAAAUCACUCGUGAACCCAAGACUGACGAUGAGAAGCAGAAGGCAAAAGGUUCGUUUGGUGUUGGUUUUGGCUUCAAGGGCCUUGGUCGAGGUCAUGAUUCUGACUCAGAGAAUUUAGACGAGACAGGAGAAAAGGCAAGUGGAAAAGACUCUGGGAAAUCCAAAGGUAUUGGCAAAGUGGACUUUGGUUUUGGGUUAAAAGGCUUUGACAAAGAUGAUGAUGAUGAUCACACUGCUGCCUCAGAUGAAGAGAAAGUGAAAUCUAAAAGCACCAUUGGACUAAGUAUUGAUGCACCUGAAGUUCAUCUGCCAGAAAUAGAUUAUGAACGCAAGAAAAACACGUCUGGUGAUGAUGAUGAAGCUUCAAAAUCUAAAGGAGGUUCAGGUUUUGGCUUCAGCUUUAAAGCCCCAGAAAUAUCUAUGCCACAGUUCAGUCUAGGAGGUGGAGCAAAAACCACAGAUAAGGAAAAUGACACAAAAAGAGACGAUUCAAAAGAGGCUGACAAAGAUCACAGUGACAAGGGUGGCUUAGCCUUCAGGAUGAAAACCCCUGAUAUUAGCCUACCAGAUUUUAGUCUUAAAAGAGGGAAGGGUGAUAUUAAGGGAGAUUCUUCCUUGGAAACUGACUAUAAAAUGUUAGAUAUGAAGGUACAAAAUAGCGCCAAUGUAAGUUAUAAGUCAGGAGAGGUGACUCUUCCUGGUGUGGAUAUAAACACCCGCGACGAGGCUGUAGGUGACGGUGACUCAGAUAAUGACAGUGACAAGAAAAGUAAAGGUUUUAGUUUUGGCCUGAAGGCUCCUGACUUCAGUUUGCCAAGCUUCAGUAUGAAAGGCCGAAGUGAAAGUGAUCAACAUUCAGAUAAGAGAAGUGAUAAGCCCCCAGAACACGAAGAAAGUGAAAACAGAAAAGAUUACCACGCCAGUUUACAUGGCCCUGAUGUUCAGCUUCCAAGUGUAGACUUUAAAGGCAAGGCGGAAGUGAGUGGAUAUGCAGAAGAAAAGGAAAAGGCGUCAGACGAUGAAAGUGGUAAAAAGAAAAAUAAGAAGAGCAAAAAGGGCUUUAGUUUUGGAUUCAAAGCACCUGACUUUAACUUGCCAGGUAUGGGGUUAAGAGGUCGUGGAGAAGGGAAUGGAAACGAGGAGAAUCAAUGUUCCGAUGCUGAAGACAAUAAAGAUAGUAGAAGUAAAAAAGAAUACAGUAUAGGACUUAAAGGUCCAGAUGUCAGUCUCCCAAGUGCCGCCUUAAAGGUACAUGGAGAAACUGAUGACGUCGGUACAAGAAAAUAUACUGAUGACGAUGACAACAACACAGAGAAAGAAAAAAAUAAGAAAGGAUUUAGUUUCGGAUUAAAAGCUCCGGAUAUAAAUCUUCCAAGUCUUAACUGGAGAGGUCGUGGAGAAGGAAGCGAAGAUGAAGAUGAAAAGGUCAAACAUAAAGAGGAAGGAGGUGACGGAAAAGAUAGUUUCAAGAAAGACAUUAAUCUGGAGCUUCAGGGUCCAGACCUCAGUCUUCCUUCUGUUGAUAUAAAAGCUGGAGCACAAUUAGAUCUAGGUCAUCAAGACAGAAUCGAAGAUGUAUCGUAUAAGGAAAAGAAAUCCAAGAAAGGCUUCAGCUUUGGAUUAAAGGGUCCAGAUGUUAGUAUGCCGAGUUUUAGUGUGAAAGGUAGUGGAAAUGAAGAAAUAGAAGAGAAGAAAGACUCAGAUGAUGAAGAUAGCAAAGUCAAAGAUAAGAAAUCAAAGGAGGGCUUUAGUUGGGGUUUCAAAGGACCAGAUUUUAACAUGCCAAGCUUAAGUGUUAAAGGCAGUGCCCACGGAGAUGAGAAGGAUAUCCAAGAAUCAGGUGAUGAAGAUGACAAGGAUAAGAAGUCAAAGAAAGGCUUCAGCUUUGGAUUCAAGGGUCCUGAUGUAAAUAUGCCCAGCAUGAGUUUGAAGGGUCGUGGAGAAGGAAAUAAAGAAGAUAUAGAAGACACAGAUAAUGAAGAAGGCAAAGAUAAAGACAAGAAGUCAAAGAAAGGCUACAGCUUUGGAUUCAAGGGUCCUGAUGUAAAUAUGCCCAGCAUGAGUUUGAAGGGUCGUGGAGAAGGAAAUAAAGAAGAUAUAGAAGACACAGAUAAUGAAGAAGGCAAAGAUAAAGACAAGAAGUCAAAGAAAGGCUUCAGCUUUGGAUUCAAGGGUCCUGAUGUAAAUAUGCCCAGCAUGAGUUUGAAGGGUCGCGGAGAAGGAAAUAAAGAAGAUAUAGAAGACACAGAUAAUGAAGAAGACAAAGAUAAAGAAAAGAAGUCAAAGAAAGGCUUCAGCUUUGGAUUCAAGGGUCCUGAUGUAAAUAUGCCCAGCAUGAGUUUGAAGGGUCGUGGAGAAGGAAAUAAAGAAGAUAUAGAAGACACAGAUAAUGAAGAUGACAAAGAAAAGAAGUCAAAGAAAGGCUUCAGCUUUGGAUUCAAGGGUCCUGAUGUAAAUAUGCCCAGCAUGAGUUUGAAGGGUCGUGGAGAAGGAAAUAAAGAAGAUAUAGAAGACACAGAUAAUGAAGAAGACAAAGAUAAAGAAAAGAAGUCAAAGAAAGGCUUCAGCUUUGGAUUCAAGGGUCCUGAUGUAAAUAUGCCCAGCAUGAGUUUGAAGGGUCGUGGAGAAGGAAAUAAAGAAGAUAUAGAAGACACAGAUAAUGAAGAAGGCAAAGAUAAAGACAAGAAGUCAAAGAAAGGCUACAGCUUUGGAUUCAAGGGUCCUGAUGUAAAUAUGCCCAGCAUGAGUUUGAAGGGUCGUGGAGAAGGAAAUAAAGAAGAUAUAGAAGACACAGAUAAUGAAGAAGGCAAAGAUAAAGACAAGAAGUCAAAGAAAGGCUUCAGCUUUGGAUUCAAGGGUCCUGAUGUAAAUAUGCCCAGCAUGAGUUUGAAGGGUCGCGGAGAAGGAAAUAAAGAAGAUAUAGAAGACACAGAUAAUGAAGAAGACAAAGAUAAAGAAAAGAAGUCAAAGAAAGGCUUCAGCUUUGGAUUCAAGGGUCCUGAUGUAAAUAUGCCCAGCAUGAGUUUGAAGGGUCGUGGAGAAGGAAAUAAAGAAGAUAUAGAAGACACAGAUAAUGAAGAAGGCAAAGAUAAAGACAAGAAGUCAAAGAAAGGCUUCAGCUUUGGAUUCAAGGGUCCUGAUGUAAAUAUGCCCAGCAUGAACUUGAAGGGUCGUGGAGAAGGAAAUGAAGAAGAAAAAGAAGACACAGAUAAUGAAGAAGACAAAGACAAGAAGUCAAAGAAAGGCUUCAGCUUUGGAUUCAAGGGUCCUGAUGUAAAUAUGCCCAGCAUGAGUUUGAAGGGUCGUGGAGAAAGAAAUGAAGAAGAAAAAGAAGACACAGAUAAUGAAGAAGACAAAGAAAAGAAGUCAAAGAAAGGCUUCAGCUUUGGAUUCAAGGGUCCUGAUUUCAAUGUGCCAAGUAUGAGUGGCCGACAUGAUGAACAGGGAAAAACUGAAAGGAAAGUGGAGAAAGACUUGAGCUUUAGGGUAGAGGCCCCACAGGUAACAUUGCCAAGUGCAAACCUAGAAGUUGACAGUAGAAAUAUUGAAGUGGAAGAGUAUAUAUCUGAGAAAGAAAAGAAGAAAUUAUCUACAAGGGGAUUCGGGCUGGGAUUCAAAGGCCCUGACAUAAAUCUUCCUACCGUUAACUUACGGGGCCACCGUCAUGGAGGUGAGGCAGUGGAAGACUCGGAUGAUGACGACAGUAAAGACAAAGAUAAGAAAUCGAAGAAGAGAGAUUUUGAUUUCGAACUCAAAGGCCCAAAUGUUAACCUUCCCAAUAUGAGUUUGAGAGGACGUGGAGAAGGUGCAGGGGGAGAGUUUGAUCACGAGGAUGACAAGAUUAAGGACAAGAAAUCUAAGAAAGGUUUUAGUUUUGGGUUUAAGGGUCCUGAUGUCAGUUUACCCAGUGUUAGCUUGAGAAGUCGUGGACAAGGAGGUGACGAGGAGCAGGAAGAGGAACCAGACGAUGAUGAUGUUGGUAAUGAUAAAGAUAAAAAAUCAAAGAAAGGCUUCAACUUUGGAUUCAAGGGUCCUGACGUAAAUAUGCCCAGCAUGAGUUUGAAGGGUCGUGGAGAAAGAAAUGAAGAAGAAAAAGAAGACACAGAUACUGAAGAAGACAAAGAAAAGAAGUCAAAGAAAGGCUUCAGCUUUGGAUUCAAGGGACCAGAUGUUAGUUUACCUAGCAUGAGUUUGAAGGGUCGUGGAGAUGGAAAGGAAGAAGAAAAAGAAGACACAGAUAAUGAAGAAGACAAAGAAAAGAAGUCAAAGAAAGGCUUCAGCUUUGGAUUCAAGGGUCCUGACGUAAAUAUGCCCAGCAUGAGUUUGAAGGGUCGUGGAGAAAGAAAUGAAGAAGAAAAAGAAGACACAGAUACUGAAGACAAAGAAAAGAAGUCAAAGAAAGGCUUCAGCUUUGGAUUCAAGGGACCAGAUGUUAGUUUACCUAGCAUGAACUUGAAGGGUCGUGGAGAAAGAAAUGAAGAAGAAAAAGAAGACACAGAUACUGAAGAAGACAAAGAAAAGAAGUCAAAGAAAGGCUUCAGCUUUGGAUUCAAGGGUCCUGACGUAAAUAUGCCAAGCAUGAGUUUGAAGGGUCGUGGAGAAAGAAAUGAAGAAGAAAAAGAAGACACAGAUACUGAAGAAGACAAAGAAAAGAAGUCAAAGAAAGGUUUCAGCCUUGGAUUCAAAGGUCCUGAUGUAAAUAUGCCCAGCAUGAGUUUGAAGGGUCGUGGAGAAGGAAAUAAAGAAGAAAAAGAAGACAGAGAUAAUGAAGAAGACAAAGAAAAGAAGUCAAAGAAAGGCUUCAGCUUUGGAUUCAAGGGACCAGAUGUUAGUUUACCUAGCAUGAACUUGAAGGGUCGUGGAGAUGGAAAGGAAGAAGAAAAAGAAGACACAGAUAAUGAAGAAGACAAAGAAAAGAAGUCAAAGAAAGGCUUCAGCUUUGGAUUCAAGGGUCCUGAUGUAAAUAUGCCCAGCAUGAGUUUGAAGGGUCGUGGAGAAGGAAAUAAAGAAGAAAAAGAAGACAGAGAUAAUGAAGAAGACAAAGAAAAGAAGUCAAAGAAAGGCUUCAGCUUUGGAUUCAUGGGACCAGAUGUAAAUAUGCCCAGCAUGAGUUUGAAGGGUCAUGGAGAAAGAAAUGAAGAAGAAAAAGAAGCCACAGAUAAUGAAGAAGACAAAGAAAAGAAGUCAAAGAAAGGUUUCAGCCUUGGAUUCAAGGGUCCUGAUGUAAAUAUGCCCAGCAUGAGUUUGAAGGGUCGUGGAGAUGGAAAGGAAGAAGAUAUAGAAGACAGAGAUAAUGAAGAAGACAAAGAAAAGAAGUCAAAGAAAGGCUUCAGCUUUGGAUUCAUGGGACCAGAUGUAAAUAUGCCCAGCAUGAGUUUGAAGGGUCAUGGAGAAAGAAAUGAAGAAGAAAAAGAAGACACAGAUAAUGAAGAAGACAAAGAAAAGAAGUCAAAGAAAGGCUUCAGCUUUGGAUUCAAAGGUCCUGAUAUAAAUAUGCCCAGCAUGAGUUUGAAGGGUCGUGGUCAUGGUGAUAGAGAAGAAAAACAACAAUCAGAAAAUGAAGAAAGUCUCAGAAAAAAAGAGUUUGGAUUUGAUGCUCAGUAUGCUGAUGUAAAUUUACCAUCAGUAAACAUGAAACUGACUGGUGAGGCAGAAGGACCUCGGGUGGCAGAGGCUGGUGCUGGGUACAGGAUAAAAAGCAAAGAACAUCGAAGUAAAGAAGAAUUUGGCUUGAGUAUGAAAGGCCCAAAUAUUAACCUUCCCAAUGUGAGUUUGAAAGGUCGUGGAGAUGGGAAUGAAGAAGAAAAAGAAGACACAGAUAAUGAAGAAGACAAAGAAAAGAAGUCAAAGAGAGGCUUCAGCUUUGGAUUCAAGGGACCAGAUGUUAGUUUUCCUAGCAUGAACUUGAAGGGUCGUGGAGAUGGAAAGGAAGAAGAAAAAGAAGACUCAGAUAAUGAAGAAGACAAAGAAAAGAAGUCAAAGAAAGGUUUCAGCUUUGGAUUCAAGGGUCCUGACGUAAAUAUGCCCAGCAUGAGUUUGAAGGGUCGUGGAGAAAGAAAUGAAGAAGAAAAAGAAGACACAGAUAAUGAAGACAAAGAAAAGAAGUCAAAGAAAGGCUUCGGCUUUGGAUUCAAGGGACCAGAUGUUAGUUUACCUAGCAUGAACUUGAAGGGUCGUGGAGAUGGAAAGGAAGAAGAAAAAGAAGAUACAGAUAAUGAAGAAGACAAAGAAAAGAAGUCAAAGAAAGGUUUCAGCUUUGGAUUCAAGGGUCCUGAUGUAAAUAUGCCCAGCAUGAGUUUGAAGGGUCGUGGAGAAAGAAAUGAAGAAGAAAAAGAAGACACAGAUAAUGAAGACAAAGAAAAGAAGUCAAAGAAAGGCUUCGGCUUUGGAUUCAAGGGACCAGAUGUUAGUUUACCUAGCAUGAACUUGAAGGGUCGUGGAGAUGGAAAGGAAGAAGAAAAAGAAGAUACAGAUAAUGAAGACAAAGAAAAGAAGUCAAAGAAAGGCUUCGGCUUUGGAUUCAAGGGACCAGAUGUUAGUUUACCUAGCAUGAACUUGAAGGGUCGUGGAGAUGGAAAGGAAGAAGAAAAAGAAGAUACAGAUAAUGAAGACAAAGAAAAGAAGUCAAAGAAAGGCUUCGGCUUUGGAUUCAAGGGACCAGAUGUUAGUUUACCUAGCAUGAACUUGAAGGGUCGUGGAGAUGGAAAGGAAGAAGAAAAAGAAGAUACAGAUAAUGAAGACAAAGAAAAGAAGUCAAAGAAAGGCUUCGGCUUUGGAUUCAAGGGACCAGAUGUUAGUUUACCUAGCAUGAACUUGAAGGGUCGUGGAGAUGGAAAGGAAGAAGAAAAAGAAGACACAGAUACUGAAGAAGACAAUGAUAAGAAGUCAAAGAAAGGCUUCAGCUUUGGAUUCAAGGGUCCUGAUGUUAGACUGCCUUAUACUGGGUUAAGAGGUAGCGUGGAAGCUGACAGAUAUCACGGCAAAAAAGCCAUUUACAUAGAUGGGGACGAUGUACACGAGACCAGUAAAAACUUUAAUGUUACUUUGCAAGGCCCUAACAUAAACAUGCCUUCAGUAGACCUGGGAGCUCGUGGCCAGGCUUAUAGUUACACCAGAGAAAGAGAUGGUGACGAUGAGUAUCCUGAAGAACAAGAGAAAAAAUCCAAGAAAGGUUUUAGUUUUGGAUUGAAGGGCCCUGAUAUUAAUCUCCCAAGCUUUAACUUACGAGGUGAUGGGGACGGAAGUAGAGAGGACAAUGAUAAAGAUGAUGAUAAAGAUGAAAUGAAGAAUGAAAGCAAAAAGUCCAAGAAAGGUUUUAGCUUCGGGUUAAAAGGCCCCGAUGUGAGUCUUCCAAGUGUGAGUUUGAGAAGUCGCGGCCGUGGAGAUGAAGACAACAAGGAAUAUAACUCUGGUGAUGAAGAAACUGAAUCCAGACGAGACUUCAAACUCCAACUUAAAGGAACAGAAUUUGAAGUUCCCAAUGUGAAUCUGGAGGCUCGUGGCGAACACGACCGAGGCGAUAAUGAGAAAGAUUCAGAUGACGAGAAUAAAGACAAGAAAUCCAAAAAGGGCUUUAGUUUUGGCUUUAAGGGUCCUGACAUAAACCUACCCAGCUUUAGUUUGAAAGGUCGUAGUGAUCAGAUAGAAAAAGAAGAUUCAGACAAUGAAAAAGGUAUUGUUGAUGAUGAUGAUGGUCGGAAAAAUAAGAAAGGUUUUAGUUUUGGAUUAAAGGGACCUGAUGUUAAUCUUCCAAAAGUAAACUUAAAAGCUAGUGGACAUGGAAAUCUAGAAGGCAGAGAAAGACAUUCACAAGCUGAGAUUAAAGCCAGUAGCGGGUUUAGAUCUAGUCUUAAAGGUCCUGAUAUGAGUGUACCCAGCGUCUCCGUUAGUGGGCGACAACACAGAGGUGACUUUGAAGUUACCCAUGAGAAAAUUGACAAGAAUAAGGUUAAUCUUAAUUUCAAAGCACCUGAUGUAAACUUCCCCACAAUGAAUGAUGGAGUGUCAGGAGACAAAGUGUCAAAUUCACCAAAGAAUAAACAACACGAUGCCAGCUUCAACUUAAGAGGUGAGCGCACUGUAGGGAUUUCUAUAAAUACUCCGGACUUACCAGGUUUCAGCCAUACAGACAAUAAGGACAAGGAUAAUUCUGGAAUCACGUUGGACAAAGACCACAGCACAAGCUUGAAAUUACAGUCCUCUAGUUUAACUAUGCCAUCAUUAUCCAGUGGAUCAGUUAGUGUGGCUACUAAACAGAGCCAGAACAUUAACAUGGAUAUCCCUGAUGCCAAUCUUCCUGAUGUUAGGAUGAACAUUGCCCACAGCCAGCAGGAGGAUAAAAGUAAUGCUUCAAAGAAAACAGACAGAUCAGGUUUAAGUUUUCAAUUGAACACUCCUGAAGUCAGUCUACCUGACUGGAAUCUCCGUCUUGGACAAAAGGGUGAGAGGACCAAAAAGUUGGAUGUGUCUGGAGACCGCAGCUUCCAAGCUGACCCUGAGGCAAUGGGCGUCAGUGUUGGGAAAGUCGUUCAGUCUCACGCCACGGGCCUGGCUCAGGAGAUCGAGAAUGAACUCCAGUCUCGCAACUUUGGUGUUGAGGUACAAGACCUUGAUAUUGAGUGUGACCUACCAGAGGCUGAUAUUGACCUGAAGAAAGCUAAAAUUGACUUGCCAGAAGUAGACCCAGAAACGGGAAUUAUGGGGGCCAGAUAUUCAGGUAAGACACCAGAGGGAGACCGUCCAGAGGCAGAAGGCAGGAGUUCAUCUGUAGAGACCACCAGACUCCCCCCUGGAUUUGGUAUGGCUUUUGGAUUUAAAGGCUUUAAGAAGCACAUUGGUCUCGAGUCUCGAGAGAGUGGUGUCCCGAGCAUUGAAACUGACACGAACAGCAGUAAUAUGGACGUACAGUUUGAGAGUCCCACUGUGGCCAUCCCUGAGGGUACCGUCGCUGCUAUGAAGAGGGAGAUACUAGAGGCAACCAGUGAAGUGUCAAGCCCACACACCCGACACUCUGCUGGCAUGGCAGGAGAUAUGUCUUAUAGAGGUAUGAAUGUCACACUGCCUGAGACCGAGACAUCAGUAACACUUCCUGAAGGGGUGCACAUCAAAACAAGCAAACCUUCCUAUAUGGCCGAGAACACACAAGUAAAGAUUAGGGCGAAAGCUCCGGCUGUCCCAAGUGUCACACCAGAGGAGGAGGAAGGAGAUAAAGCAAAAGUAAAAUCUAAAUCCAAAGAUGAGGAAGAUGAUGAAAAGACAAAAUCAAAACAUAAAUUCGGUCUUGGGUUUGGAUUCCGGGGAUUCAGCCGAUCGUCAGACAGUGAGGAUGACACCCGAGAACCUACGUCUCUCACACCAGAUCCUGACCGGCCUGAAGUUAAGGAUGACAAAAAGAAAGGUCGCGGUAAGAUGAGCUUUGGAUUUAAAGGCUUCUCGCGGUCAUCUGACACAGAGGAAGAAAAUUCAGAGAAAGUUUCUGAGGUGCCAAUGGAUAAAGAUGGAGAUGAUGAUAAACCUCGACCCAGAGUGAAGGGUGGGUUAAACUUUGGCUUUAAGGGAAGAGGCAGUAAAAAUUCUGACUCGGAAGAUAACAAUGACCAAGAACGAGUGGGGACUGACCCUCAGGCUGAUUCCGGAAACAUCAAGCAGAAGCUGAAACCCAGUCGAAGCUUUGGUUUCAAGGGUAAGAGCAAGAGUUAUGACAUGGAUAGUGGAGAAGUUGAAGCUGAGGUUGCUCGCCGGGAACCAGAGGCCGAGGAGGAGAUUAAAAUCAAGACCAAGUCCAGCCUUAACUUUGGGCUAAAGGGUUUUGGGAAGAAUGAAGGAAAGUAUGAUAUGAGGUCAGAUUCUGAAGGAGGGGAAGCCGAUGAAAAGCGAUCACUGGACACACGUGGAGAUGAUGGCCCACGAACGAAAACACAGAAGGGCCUGGGCUUUGCAUUCAGGAACCGGAGUGGAAGGAAUACUUCUGAUUCUGAAGGUGUUGAGGCUGAGGAACGGGUAGAUUAUGACACUCGUGGUGGCGAGGAGAAAGUUAAAGAGCACAAGAGUAAAGGUAUUCGAUUAGGGUUUAAAGGCUUUAAAAACCUGAAGGGUAAAAUCCAAACUGAAUUCAACCGCAUGCGACACGACAGUCACUCGAGUGAAGAUGAAGCAACACGAGAGGGCACUGUCAAUGACCAUCCAGGAGCAGCUGAGACCAAGAGAAAAAAGAAUGCCAAGAAAAAGAAAGAUAAAGACAAGAAAAAUAAGAAAGAAGAUGAAGACAUUCUUAACACAUCCGAGGAGAACGCUCUAGCUCUUGCUGCUGCUGCCGCUAAGGACAACAGAAGAAAACGCCAAGAAAAAACAAGCAGCUCAUCAUCGACCAGUUCUUCAUCCAGCUCCGAUGAAGAGAACGAGACUCCCACAGACCUGAAGAAGAGAAAGCGCAACAGAGGGCGUGGCCGCCAUGUGCCAACGGGCAUGACAGAAAUAACCAUCAAUGAGCGACCUGUUGAUGUUGAGGUGAAUGAGACUGUUGAGGUAACAGCCCGCCAGGUGGAUGUGGUGUUACCCUCGUUGUUGAGCACGCAAGAGUUGUCAUACCCCGAUGAGAGUGACAUCGUUCCGUCUAAGCGUCGUGCUCCUGAACCCCCUCAGCAGGCACCUGUUCCUGCCACUCGGAGCAACAUAGUAGUGCGUGAGGUAAAACUGAAGUCUUAUCAGCCUCCAAUAGGAGCAACGGAGAUAGUAGAGGUGAUGCAGAGGACUGUACUUGAGCGACGAGUUCCCUCAAUGCCUCUUCAUGACGAAGUUUCAAUAGCCUCCGAUAGUGAGGGAGAGCGAGCCAUUAUUAGAGCUGAAAUACAACCAGUAAUAUCGUCGACACCAAGACACCCACCUACAGACUCUGAAGAAUUAAAGCGUAAAGCUGCUUCUCUGGGAGAUCUAUCACGCUUACAUACAGAGCCCGACACUGUCAACGUUGUAUUGGAACGAGCUGUGUCCUUGGACCUAACACGUGCUGAAGCAACGGCCUCUGCACAUAAUAUCUCUGGUUUUAACCGUCCACGUCGCUUGCAACUUCCUAACUCCUCUGCAACUUCUAUAGAAGAAGAGGCAGUGACGGUGGGACUGCGGGCGGAGGGCGGAGCUGGCCUGCGACGUGCAGAACAAUGGGGGACGCUGGAAGAAGCAUUGCUCUUCAGAAGAAACAGCAAUAGUAGUUUAGCUGAGGCUGUAUCUCCACGAAUAACAGAACCUGAAGGAGAACCUGUCUCACACAUCGAAAUUAGUGGUUCAACGUCUGUCACAGACAUCUCGAGCCAAUGGGUGACUGCCUCAGAGACGUCCAAAAACAGCAUCAGCUUCCAGCACAACAACAGGAGUGAGGAGCACGAGGAACCUCCAGCCCUGCCCGCCACGCCGGCACCUGUAGGUGGUACCACCAUUACGCUGCUCGACGGUGACACUACAAUCAUGGGUAGCUCUGUUGAUGUCAUGCCCGUCACAAACAAAGACCGUGUGGUUGUGGUACAGGCACACCCGCCUUCACCUCCAGAGAGAAAAAUAAGUAACUUCAGUGUUCAGCUUCGCCACGUCACCUCUCACCAGACAACUCAUACUCACAAAACAGUCACAAGCAGUAGCUGUAGCAGCAGCCGCAGUAGCCUCAGCAGUGACAGUGAAAUUGAAGCUGGAAUGGCUGGUGAAUCUAUUAAAAGAGAAGGAGUAACAGUGACUGUGGCACCUCGGAUCAGCAGUGUCGAUGUAGGCGGCUCUAUUUCUUCGUCCCUGCCGCCCCCCGUGCCACCCAAACCUCGCACCUCACGCACUCAGUCGCCGCCCCAGCUGGUAAUGGCACGUCAUGAGCCCGCACUGGUGACUGUGAGGGAAAAUGGCGCCGUGGUUGUGUCAACUGAUAACCUCACCCACCUGGAAGGCGCACCCAUGGACCACGUCACAUCAGAAAAUGUCAGUAUUGAGACUGUUAACAUCAGUGGCGACACCAUCAUAGUGGACUCACCAGAGAACGGCAGUAACUUCCCCGCCUAUGUGUUACGCACCGACAUGGCCAGCCUACCCCAGAAAUCACUCACCCAGAUAACAGUGGAGGGGGGAGGGUACACGGUGAACGAGGGCGCCCUCAGCCAGACACUCAUCAUAUCCACGCCGGCACACCACCACCACACCCCACCCGGCCCAGACUCCCCGCCACCCACACUACAGCCGCCACAGUAGUGGUCCUAAUUGGCCAGGCCAGGCAGCCGCCUUGGGUGUGCUGGCCACCGGAACUUGAUGACAAAGAGCAACGCUGACGAAGGCUUACUGUUGCCGCUAGUCGCGUCACCGCUCACCAUGACCUGAUGCUGGAAAGAUACCAGGUGACGGCUGGUGGUUACAGUCAUCACCAAGGAACUAAUCAAAAACUGUUGUCAUUGCAAGACGCACUUUGCUACAGCUUGUAAGAGGUGCACACAUGGUGUGAGUCACUCUGCUGCACCAUCACUGCCCUCUGGGGAAAACCCCAAUCAUUCAAAUCAAAUUAUUUAUAUUCAAAUAAUACGUAAGUUCAAAUUUCUUGCUCUACAAUUAAAUUUUAUAUAUGUUAUUAGUUGUUUUCAGUAUGUUUUACUUCUUAAGGUCGUUGGUAAUGCAAAUUGUUAGUGUACUGUACGACUGUUAUACACAUUUGUAAAAAAGAUACAAUCGACGCAUUUAACAUAUAUACACAAUCCUGACAUUGUGUUUUUAAAUAAUCUUCAUACGUUAAUUUUGUGAUGGUGAUAUUGCCAACUUCUCUCCCUCAAAACCAAAGCUUGCUUCUUGACCACUUCCACGCAGUUUUGACCAACCCGAAGUCACGCUAUUUGCUCAAGCCCGCUUGUUCCAGUUUACUGACCAUAUCUUACUGACACUUUGUCAGUUCCCCCAAGAAACUUGUCCAAUUUUGCUGAAAACUUGUCAGUUUUGAUUCAACGUUUUCACUUCCUGCUAGCAACUUGUCAGUUCUCGCUGGAGAAAUUGUCAGUUUUAUUUAGAACUUUUCAAUUCAUGCUCUUACCGGAAGCUCUUCGGUAAAUACCGGAAACUUGUCAUAUCUUACAGGAAUCUUGUCAUAUCUCUUUUGGAAACCCGUCUUUAGGUUGUAGAUUUGGCCACAGUCACUCUUUGCGGUCUUUGCCCGGAUGAAAAGUGAGGCGUCACUCCCGGCCUGUGUUGUGCCUCCCAUCCUCUACCAGGGUGCUAUACGUAGUCCCAGUGUGACCCCAAGUAUAGACUACCACCACCCAUCUCCCACCAGGGUGCUGUGUAGUCCCGGUGUAGCCCUCCAUGGUACAGACUACCAUUCACUGGAAGAUGACUCCCGGGUGCAAUACCACGACUUAAUGUACAAUAAUUAUUUUAUCUGCUUCUGACUAUGGUAAUUUGGGAGAACUUAAUGAUUAAUAUAUACAGUACAGUAGAUGCAGCGGUUGGAACAAUCCACUCCUGCCUUACACCCAGUAUGAGGAGGCCCACAAGGGAUAAGAAAGCCACCAGGGUGUAAGAUAGCCCUCUGGUUGCAAGGUGUGAGGUUGUCCCUUGGGUAUGAAGAAACCCCAAGGUGUAAGGUAGCCCCCUGGAUGUAAGAUAAACCC